AUGAAGGACCAGACUUGCUUUUGUGGGUUGAAGACGACAAUCAAGAAAUCCAGCAUAAGAGAGAAUCCAGAUAGGUUGUUCCACACCUGUGCGAGAUACCCGAAGGGAAGCCACUGCAACUUUUUUAGGUGGGUUGAGGAAGAUGGGUAUGUAGUAGGGGCAGAAACUGAUGCAGAGGUUGGUGGGGACUAUGAUGAAUGGAGACUGAAUGUGUCAUGGAGAUUGGAUAGCUUGGAGGGUGAGGUUAGAGCAAUGAAGAUGCUGCUAAUGUUCAUGUUAGUUGCGGUGGUCGUGGCCACUGUCUUGUGUGUAUCAAUGUUGUUCACAUUAAUCUCCAAGUAA